GUUGUUGGGCUGCUGUUCAUGAGUUUUACUUCACAUUGCAACAAAACCACCAUCCCUUCAGACAAAUCAUGGCGGCCGCGUUAAAACAGCGCUUCGACAAUGCCCUCCACGAGAAAAAUAUGGUGACGGACUUGUUGGCGAAGAUUGAGGCGAAGACUGGAGUGAACAGGUCGUACAUCGCAUAUGCUGUCAUCGCGUUCAUUGCUAUUUAUCUGGUGAUCGGAUACGGCGCUUCUCUGCUCUGCAACCUCAUCGGAUUCGUCUAUCCUGCCUACAUAUCAAUCAAAGCCAUUGAGAGCCCAGCCAAGGAUGAUGACACAAAAUGGCUGACCUACUGGGUGGUUUAUGGAGUGUUCAGCGUGGUGGAGUUCUUCGCCGACAUUUUCCUGUCCUGGUUCCCUUUCUACUUCUUGGCCAAGUGUGCUUUCUUGGUUUGGUGCAUGGCUCCGACUCCAUCAAACGGCUCCAUUAUGCUCUACACCAGGAUCAUUCGCCCUUUCUUCCUGAAGAACGAAGCCAAAAUCGACAACGUGAUGAAGGACCUCACAGAUAAAGCCGCUGGGGCUGCGGAUAAGAUUAAAGAUGAAGCCAAGAAAGCCACUGCCAACAUUAUGUUUGAGGAGAAAAAGCACUACUAAGAACCAUUUCCACUGCUUCCUACCCUGCGGACGACACUCGCCUGAAUAAAUGUUGCCUUUAUAUGCUCUUAUUUUUUGGAAGAAACUGGAAGUGGGCUGAUUGUUGUUACUCCCUGCGCCUGUCUUUAAACAUGUGGCGGCCAUAUUAGAUCCUUCUAGAUCUGACAAUCCCAGGUCUGUUUGAACGGGUUAGGCGUAGAUCAUAUCCUGUAAAGCUUUCUUCAGUCUCAGCAAACAUCCUUAUCUUUCCUCUAGACAUGUCUUGAAUUCAUAGGUCAUUCAAUAGUUUACCUUGCAUCCUACGCUCAGUUAACUUUUAAAUCUGAAAUGUAUUUAUGUGCGAGAAGCAGAUUGUUUGUAAGAAGUGAUGAUGUCAGCGGUACCAUAAGGUCAUGAAUUAUGCAUCCGACAUCAACUAUUAAACAAUAGUUGGACUCCACAA